UCCUCCCUUAAAUUUUAAGCGGGCACUGACGUUACAGGCACGUCACGCGCGAAAUUUGUUUUGUUUGAAAGGGUCUACUCUUUCAGAAGGUAAUAGACUGGAGAAGAACACGGUGAUAUAUCGGCUUUAGUGAACUAUUUUAACAUUUUCGGAACAAACAUUUUAUUUUCCUUACAAUAUGUCACAGCAAGCCGGUUACUCACCCAGUUUCAAAAGACCGGCUGAAAUCCUCCGAAUGAGGAGGAAAAGAGCCCGCAGCGAGGGUGUCAGUUCUGGCGGACGAGGCUCCAUGUCCAGGCCCAUUGAGAGUGCCACUAUAUCUGGGGUUAGGCCAUUCUCCCCGGGGCCGCUGUUCGGCCAGGGUCUCUCUGGUGGUGGAGUGAAGCGGAGAAACCCUUUCGCCAGCAUCGAAAACACCUUUUGCACCCCGGCGAAGAAGAAAAUAUUUAUUUACACCGAUGAAGACACCGACUCGGUCAAGUCGGGCGGCUCUGCGCCUGCCGGAGCGGAGGAGGGAGAGAAGUCGACUACAACAAAAAUUGUCCCCGCUGUUGGUGCGCUGCCAUUCAGUGAACGACUACUCGAAGCAGAAAAACAAAGCAUAGACGUGCUGCAGAAACCAGAAUCUGUCUCUGAGGAUGACCCAUGCUAUGAAGAAGAUGCAGACUUGUUCCAAGUUGGGAGAACUCCCAUAUUGGAGAGCCCCCAGGCUGGUACAACCACCUGUACAGCGCCUCCUGUGUGUGGGGAGUACCCCGCAGACUGGAGCCUGAAGACACGGCUCCUCUUCACCUCCCAGCUCCCCUUCUCUUGGGCUGAACAGCCCAAAGCCACAGAGGAGGCCCAGGGCCUCAUCCAGAACUGUCGAGGAGAAUACUCGGCUAUCGCACCGAGCAUAGAGGACCCUCGGCUGUGUCCUGAGCUGAGGUGUGGGUUCCAGCAGUGUCUGCAGUACUGGCAGCACCCGUCCAUAUCCUGGCUCUCACUGUUCCCCCGGAUAGGCGCGGAGAGGAGCUUCACUGGCCAGAACGUCCCCUGGGCCCAGGACAUGGCUCUGCAACAGAGCCUUAUGAGAGAAUGGUCAGGGAGUCUGUCCUCCCUCUACAGCCUAUUGAAGGCCAGGCUGUGUCCGUAUUUCUAUGUGUGUUCCUACCAGUUCACUGCCCUGUUCCGAGCCUCAGGGUUGGCUGGCAACAGCAGCAUCACUGCGCUACUUAGUCCCACCACCAGGGGUCUCCGGGAGGCCAUGAAGGCUGACGGUAUUGAGUAUACACUCCCGUUACUGGAACGCAAGAGCAAGGACCAAGGAUUGUCGGGAAACGACAAAUCGGCCAGAAAAGAGGAGAGCGAUUCUGAGGCCAGUGAUGAGGAAGAUGAUGAUGAUGAUGAUGGUGGGCUCUCCUGGCUGAUGGAGAUGGGUGUGCAGGAUAAGAUCAAGAAACCAGACAACAUCUCCAUUCAACUGCACAAAGAGCGUAGCUCGGUGUGUUUAGACCACAAGCCAGAGUCCGUAGUGUGCGUCUCGGGAACACACACCUUCACUCUCAUCAACUUCCUCAUCAACUGCAAGAGCCUGGUGGCCGGGGCUGGAUCUCAGGCCGGCCUGCCUCCAACCCUACUGGCCCCAACGGCCUUCAAAGGGGCUACGCUACACUCGCUCAAGGCACGCAGUGUGAAAGUCAAGACGCAGGUGCGCACUGGGUUCCAGGACGUGUGCAGUCUGGAGGUGACGGGACCCAUAAUGCCUCACUCUCUCCACGCGCUGACCCGCCUGCUCCGGCCCGCUCAGAGAGGAGGCUUCAGCACGGUGCUAUACACACAUGAACCCUCCGCGGUCCUCAACACACACACUGCCACGGAACAGGCUGAGCUGGCUGCAGAUCUGGGUGGGUGUGGUCUUCAUCCCAGCACUGUCCAGCAGCUCCAGGUGCCCUCUACCCUGGGCAAGUCUGCCCUCCGACAGCUCCAUAUGAACAACUACUCCUACACGUGGAAGUCCUGAAAACCAGGGGAAUAUCUCGCCAUUUGGGACGGCCUAAGGACCCUCAGUCUGCCUGGUUAGACCUGACUGAUUCUACACCGCCCCUCAUCAUGUCUCUCAAGUCUCUUCAGAAAUUCAGGGAUUAUUCCCUGACUGGCCCCUGCACUGUAAAACAAAGGCUGAUUAGGAAUGGAGCUCUUGUUGACUAACAAUUCCUGUUUUGGCUGUAAUGAGAUGGAUUUGGCUAGAGCAGCCUAGUGUGGGUAGUUUUAGACACUGCCCUACCAUGUUGUUUUAAAACACUUUUAUUUAUGUUUUAAAAAGUUUUAUUUCAACAGAAUGUUUAUCAUUUUUAUGGUGAUGUUUGUAGUUUUGGCAUUUUAAUAGAUUAAAUGAAUGUAUGAUUGUUAAUAAUUAUUCCUUAAUGCUUUACUUUUUGGGAGGCCCAAACCCAGAUUGACCCCUAUGCACUUGUGGAGAUCUGAGAGGGUAUAACCAGUGGAAGAAAUCCAACCCAAAUCUCAUGCUGACAUGUGACAAGGUUUAAAUUCUUACUGACUGAUCUAGUAAUGUGUGUUUUAUAGGAAGUGGUCUAUAUUCCUUCUGAUAUUUUACUUUAGUAUUGUAUUUUAUUUUCCCAUUCAUUUGCAUUAUACAUUAAGUUAAAAUAUUGUUUUAAGAUGGAUAUACCGUUAAUGUUUAGCAAUGCAAUAUGGAAUUUCCAGACACUCCCUCAAUUAUGAAAAAUAAUUAGAAAUUACAGUAAAUUUGAUCUUUAGCAGUGUAUUGCAAACCAAUUGGGGUACGGACUUGCCUUCAGAUAGUUUCAUGUCCUUUUAACAGCAGGCUACCUGGGCUGUGUAGGCAGAGUGCAAUAUUCUGGACAAUAAAUAAAUUGAUCCUGGAAAGAU